AUGAAAGAUUCAAUCAACACCAAGACCAAAUCAACGAAAACACUCGUGGAAAACACGAUAACAUCUACAAAGGUGACAACAAUUCUCAUUGUACAUCUCCAGGGCAUCUUCACAAGGACGGAGGGAGACGGCGCGAGGAUUGCCUGCACCGAUCGCUCCCCGAAUGGCCUGGUCUUGGCUGUUGGCGAUGGCUACAGCCGGUUGCGGCUCUAUCGCCACCCGUGCCCGGGAGACCGCCCGCCGCCCGCGCUGUUCCACGAGCUUAGGGGUCAUGGAUCCGGCGGAGUGAGCAGGGCGAGGUUCUUGCGCGGCGGAGAAGUGUUGGUCACUGUCGGGGAACGAGACAGGUGUGUCUUGCAAUGGAAGCUGAGCGGAGCAGGAGCUGGAGAUUCCCGCAGCGGAGAGUUGAAGGACAGCGCGGAAGCUGUUGCCGAGGAAGAGAGUGACGGCCACAUAUUGGAUCUAAAGGACGGAAGUGACUUGGACAGAGGGAGCGACUUCGAGACAGCCGCGGAAGAGCGAAGGAGAGCGCCGGUGAGAAAGAGACAGAGAAGGCAGAACGAACUGGAACGUCUCGUCACCAUGGGACGCGCGGCGGUCGCAUCGGACCAAGGGCCAGCAGAAACGACCAAUACUGCCGCCGGCACUGGUUUUGACGGGGGCAAAGCAUCGCUUCCGCCGCCACUACGGCCAUGGGAGCAGGCGACGGUGGCACCAUCCAGACCCCCGCCGACCGACAAGAGUGCACCUGCUGACGGCGUUGAGCUGGAGAGGAUUCACGGCUAUCGCGGUCGAGACUCCAGGAGCAACGCGGUGUACGCCGGAGCGGACGAGGUUGACUGUGGCGGUGGCUGCAACCGUGCCGUCUACACCUCGGCCGCCGCGGGGGUCAGCCUUGACCUGACCAACCACACACAGAACUUCCAGCUUGGGCACUCAGGGGACGCCACCUGCCUGACCUCGUCGCCUGAUGGACUGCUGGUGGCCAGUGCGGACGUGUCAAGGCGGCCCAGCAUCAUCGUCUGGAAGCCAGACACUGGCGAGGCGGUCAAGAUCCUGUCGGGGUUCCACAGGAGGGCAAUCACGGCGCUGUCAUUCUCUAGGGACGGGCGGCACCUGGCUUCACUUGGCUGCGAUGACGACCAUAGCCUUGCCAUCUACGACUGGGAGAACAGCUUGCUCAGGGCCACUGCCAAAGGAGGGCGGCGCAAGGCGCUCGAUGUUGCGUGGAACAGUGCGGGAACACGGCUGGUCACCUGCGGGCUACGGCACGUCAGCUUCUGGAACUUCGCCGGGGGUCGGAACCUCCUUCACAGCCGCGGGGUGUUCGGAGGGAAGGGGAGGAAGCAGACGCUACCUUCUUGCGUGUUCGUCGGGGACACUGCCGUGGUGGGUCCCCCGUCUUUGUGGAGACUUGGGUCAGUUGUUGCUUGCAUCCCACUCCCCCCCGCGGAGCCUUUUGUGAUUUCGUCGUAA